AUGUCAACAACCCCACCCCACUACCCGGCUCCGGGUCCGGGCCUCCUAACGCCAUUAGAACAGGAAAUCCUGGACGAGUAUACCCGUCUACUGCAUAACAUGAAUAACGUCUCCUGCCCCUUCUACUUCCAUCCUAUCUCCUCCAUACCCUGCGGGUAAUGCUGACGGUACUCACCCUAACUAGCUGUCGACAUCCAUCGCCGCCAUCGCCGGAACGCCGACUGCAAAGAUACUGGAUUCGCUGAGGGGGCUGGAGCGCAAGACGGGCUUGGUGUUCACAUUGCUGAAGGCGUCGGUUUAUUCCAUGGUUUUACAGCAGCAGUUGGAUGUUGAGGGGAGGGAGGGGGAGGUUGGUGGUGGGAAUGGUGGGGAAGGGGAGGGGUAUGGAAAAGGGGAGGGAGAGAGGGGGGAUGAGAGUCGGUUUGAUUGA